AUGUCUGGUUCCAGCUGGCUAUUAUCUUUGUACUCCUUUCCCUCAUCUCUUCGUCUGAGUGACAACGCUAUCGUUGAUCGUGUACUCGCGGACAUCCCUAUCAUUUCCGUCGGACUCUUAGGCUUUGCAGCAUUCACUACCUUCUUGGCCUUAAAGAAAUUGAACUGGGCUCUGGUCCUUUUGUUUGCCUCCGUCUCCUUAGGUUUAUUUGCGGCUAUCUUGGAUCUUGCGCAGGGCCUUACAAGGGGCCGUAUGUUCAAACAGGGACUCGAUGCAGACUCCAUUGUUCCUCUCAUCAUUGCUCGCGAAGUUCUAUUCGCUAUUUCCGCGAGCGUUCGAUCUCUAUUUUUCUGGGUAUAUGUGUCUCACCCUCCUCAAGGAGAGCCCCCGCCCUUGCCUGUUCAUGAAAACCAAGGGAAAAACUUUUCACUUCUAGGCUCAAACACACAGUCCAUCCACAGUGGAACCUGGGCUCGAUGGGGCAUUUUCGGUUCGACAUUGAAGUGGGUCCUGUUUGCUGCAUCUGUGGCAGCGGGAGUUUUGCAGAUCCUCUGGCGCGUUGUCCAGCCUUUCCAUAAAAUCGGGGCCGUUUACGAGGUGGAAGCAACGAUGCAGAUAGUCGUGCCUACUCUAUUUAUCAUUAAAUUGAUCUUGAACACAAUGAUCGCAUCGACUCCGUCGCGCUGGAAAACUUUAUCUCACUAUUCUGUCAUGAUCUUCGCGUUGUCGAUCAAUAUGGGCGUUGGUGUUGGGAACGUCAUAUACUUCGCCUUUUCAGAAUCUUCUGCUGGCAGGUUCCUUGCCGCCGUUGCAGAAUAUCUCAUCAUUGUGUUUCUUCUCAUCACGACUUUUCGCCCUCCAGCCCCUACCCCGCCACCUGAGAACGAUCGCAAGCGGGUGUCCUCAUUUCAGGGUCUCCGCAUUCGCUCUCAUGAGUCUGCUCUUGCUGCUAUGGGGCCACAAGCGAAUGGAGGCUUGACCGUCCAGGUUGAUCGUCCAUCCGGGUCAUCACGAUCAUCGGCUGCACGACUAUCUGCCUGGAUUGGUUCGCGCGCGCACAGUCUGGCUGGGCGUCCACGUCCUGCUCUUGAACGCGACGAAGUGCGUUUGUGGAAUCAAGAGGAUGCUGAGCGUGGCCUUUCUCCUUCCAUGAGCGAGAGGCGUAUGACUGGCAUCUCUGACGUUCCCAGUCCUUUCACGGAGGAAGCGAAACAGAGCGCACGAUGGCAAGAUCCUGCAUACAUGACCGUCAUGGCAGAAUCACCAUGGAGUGCUGGUAAACGCUCUGUCACACCGACCACGGCUCGUCAAGCUGUUUUCUCCGUGGAACAAGACAGGAUAGUCAUCAAGCCUGACGAGGUUGUCGUUCGUCCGCCUUCAACUGCGCCUUCAGCGAUCCCGUCAUACUAUGUUCGCGAAAUCACCCCUCCGUCUCCUUUGAACCUUGCAGCCCAGCUGCCAACACGCCAAGUCGUUACGCCUUCCCCAAUCUAUGGCCUUACUGGUACGAUACGUGGCGAUCGCUAUUCUCCUGUGGUUGAUUCUCGCCCUUACGGAGAACUCGACAUUGCGUCCGCUCGAUCCUCUGGCUUCGAAAAUUUAUUACGAGAACAAAACGAACUGGAGAAGAGCAUCGCAGCGCUCAAACUGUUCGCCCCGGAUGCCAGCGACCGAGACUCCCAGACGACAUCGAGUGGUGACCGGAAUUCCAACCGGAAUUCCACAGCAGUACGUGGGUCGAGGCUUGGGCUUGAGUCAGCGUCAAUGAAGAGCGAAUUUUCCUUGAGCAACUUCCCCCAGCCUCCAAAGUUACGGCAUUCGACUGACGGGAGGCGAAAAGGUUCGGAUUCGGGCAGCAGCUUGGGGACCGAGAGGGGAUCCGGAGCAUUCAGUUUGGUUCUACCUCGAAUGCCGGCUGCAAUUGAGGAAUCCGAGAUGCGUCAAUCGUUGCCGAAGUCUACCAGGAAUAGUGAAGACACCACAGUCCCAGUUACGCGCCCCUCGCGGCUUGAUUCUGGCGGCACACAGUACGACGUGACAUCUUUCAUUGGAGGGCUAACAACAGGGCCAGGCCAUAGGAGAGACAACUCCCAGCUGUCACCUGUCAGAGCGUCGCCCGUGGAAUCCGAACCUGAGAGUGCAAAUUCGGCAACUAUAGUCACAGUCUCUAGACAGAUAUCAAACGCGCAGGUCGCGCAAAAGAUGAUCUUUCCUCGGAGCGGCAGCGUACCUCCGUCCGACCCUCCUGUAUUCACUACAUCCGCGACACCUCCCUCCGACACCCGAGGUCCCAUAGCCGACGUCCCCGACUCACCCGUGAUAGGCACAUCUGACGAACCUUUGAACCGCGUUCUCUCCCCUUCGCCUACUUCACAGUAUCCGUUGGCGCCUUCAACAUAUACUCGUGCUUCAGGCACUCGAACAGGACCUGGCACGCGCGUGGGUCUACCUCCGAGACCGAGGCAGAGGACGAUCAGCUCUCCACGAACGCAGGGACAGUCUAUGGAUGACACUGCGUUCGAGAGACCUCGACCAGCGCCCCUUGUCAUUCGACCCUUGGUGAAAACGGGACGUUUGAACAUCGAUACUAUCGGUGGUGCCCUCUGA